GCAGCAUCACCGAGGACAACUACACCACCAGGGCAGCAGGAAUCACCGGUAUCGUCAUGGACGCUUUGGAAGCCAUUCGCGAGGCUAUCCCCUCGGGAGUAACUCCAACACUCCUGCCAGAAGGUGCGCCUGUCACCUCUGCUACAGAUAUCAGCCUGGGGCCCGACACCACCUUUCCGCUGACUGCGGCUACACGGUAUCGCUCAAAGUCUGGUGAGCCAUUCGACCUGCGCGCAGUCUGGUAUGCAUAUGUCUGCAAAGAUCUUGGUACUACAGAGUAUAUCCAAGGAUGUUCGGAGUCAGAUAUUCGCAACCUAAACUUGUUUGAGAGGAAAGAGUUGGUUGGGUAUCUGGAUGGCAGUUUGGACGGGAGUGCGGUGGAAGGCUUACAAGACGGUUCAUCAAAGGCAGAAGCACCGGCAGAUCAGGACACCACUACAGCGGAAGCUUCCACCACAUCAAACAAUACAGCAGGCUCUGCCAUGGAACCUAUACCUCGCGACCACGAACGAGUUCUUACCAAUCACAACCUCAUCCUCCGUGGGACCAAACGCAUAGAUUUCUUUACCGGCAUCGGUGACUACACCCAAGUUCUCAAGAAACCCAAGACAUCAUCUACGAAUGGCGCUGCAGGAGGUAAGCCGGGCUCAGGUAAUGCUUCUGCGGGUGCACCAAAACAACCGGUAUCACGCAACAAGCAACCCAUUAUUAUCAUUCCAUCAUCGCCUUCUUCGCUGUUGACGAUGCAUAACAUCAAGAGGUUCUUGGAGGAGGGUGUGUUUGUGCCACCAGAGGAGGCGGCACGAGAGAAGGGAGGUGAUAGGGCGCCAGAUCACAUUAACGUCGUGCAUCAGGGGAUCAGGCUCAAGGGCAGACACGGAGAAGAGCGCAUCAAGUUCUUGGUCGUUGACAGCGUGGAGAAAUUCAAACCGGAGUACUGGGACCGUGUCGUCGCAGUCUUCACCACCGGCCAAAAAUGGCAAUUCGGUUCAUACAGAUGGACGGAACCCACACCGUUGUUCCAGAAUACGCAGGGGUUGUGGGUUGCGUACUCGAAUCAGCCGAAUGACAAUGUGAAGGCGUGGAAUGUGAAGCAGUUUAGGUUGGAUCAGAACAGGAGACAUGGGGAUCGUCAAGUUCAGCAGGCGCUUUGGAAUACGAUUGAGGGGUGGAUGAUUUCAAAGGGGUGGAAUAAGUGAGAGUAAUGACAAAUAUGGAUUGAAUGACGGAUAAGAUAUUACGGACAUCUCGGGAUAGUAUGAUGUGCAUGUGCGGGUGGUCCCAUAGGAGCACACAAGGUCAAGCGUCGGCUAUUCAGGGCUUUGACGGCUGAUUAAAAUCACUAUUUGGAAUGAAUAAAACAGAUGUUAAACUUCCGUCUCGUUCGUCUGCAGCCUUGUAAUUUCAAUGUACGUUUCAUCCCAAGUUUGGUGUGAAGGUCGUGUGAGUUUCGGGGGUUGGACCUUCGCGUCGCUGU